CGAGCCCGUGAGGGUCAGUAACACGCGGGACCUUCCAAACAACGGAUCCGUUCUAUUUCGCGCGCGUGCGCGCGCGUUUCUCUUUCACAUUGUUACAUUAACUAAAAGAAUCUCUUCAACAUGAAAAAUAACAAAUUUUCGUCAGAUUGAUAAAAAAAAAAUAGUAAUAACUCGUUGUUACGGUCUGGCGGAUAAUUGACGCGCCCAUUAAUUGUAACACAAGCACAAAGUGUGUUUGUUGAAUUGCACAAAAAGACCGGAGAAAGUUUGUUAAGAAUAAACAUUUGCCGUUGUGUUGCAUUCGGUCGCAGCUGGUCGGUGAUUUCCUCUCGAUCGUGUAUUUUCUGGCUGCUGCAUCUUGAAAUAAUACACAUGUGUACGGCGAAGAAAGCGUAAAAAGUUGAUUUACGAUGAGUUCGGGGAAGCUGCAACAACGAGUCCCGUAUGCAGCAGUAGCUUCGAGAGUCUCGAUGUUGGACAAUUCUGAAAGAAGCCUACGGCGACGACUCGUUUCGUAUUAUAAUACUCGUUAUUGUCGGUCUUUCGCUUCCUCGUUAUCAUUUCGCAAGCCAGAAAGGCACUCUUUUGGAAAAAAGCUGAAUGAUCUUGGCCGUCCUUGCUCCGCUAUAAAUGUGACGAUGCGGUGUCGUACCAGCAACGCUUUAUGAAUGCUGACGACUAUACAAAGAUACCAGUGUGCUAUUAUUGCGAAUAUAAACAGGCACACGUAGCACGUGGGUUAGCUGUUUGCGAGCAAAGGAAUGUUGGAAUAAAACAAAAAGUUAAAAAUGUGCUGGCUCCCGGUGUUUGUGGUAGUGUUGGUGGUGAGAAGUGCAUGGUUGAUUGUCGAAGGUGCCUGCGAACCAAUCAGAAUAGAGAUGUGUCGAGGUCUCGGUUACAACGUUACGACAAUGCCCAAUUUGGUCGGUCACGAGAUCCAAGGAGAUGCGGAUUUUACUCUCCAGACUUUUGGCCCGCUUAUUCAGUACGGAUGCAGUGCUCAACUGCACCUGUUCUUGUGCUCGGUUUACGCCCCAAUGUGCACCGAAAAGGUGUCUUCACCGAUCGGGCCUUGCCGAGGUUUGUGCGAACAAGUGCGAGCUCGUUGUUAUCCGGUGCUUCAGGGCUUUGGCUUUCCCUGGCCGGCGGCUUUAAAUUGUUCCAAAUUUCCACCGGAGAACAAUCAUCAGCACAUGUGUAUGGAGGGGCCCGGAGAACCAGGGCCAGUCAAUCCGAUCCAGGCAAUCGGCGGUGGAAAUGGACCUUGGGGAUGCUCUCUCUAUGCGAAAUCGGGACGAUACAUAUUUCUCAAUCGAUCUGGAAGAUGCGCCCCGGCCUGUGAGGCGGAUAUUCUCUGGUCGCAGCGAGAUAAACGACUGACCGAGGCUUGGAUGGUUGCGCUCGUUACUUUGUGUUUGAUAUCGGCUCUGGCUGGAAUUUUCACUUUCCUCAGGCCCCGAUACAAUCAGCCAACUAUCGUUAGCACCGGAGAAAGCGCGAUUGCCUGCGUAGCCUUCUGUCACGCAGCGGUUGGGAUCGGCUUCGUGAUUCGAUUGGCAGCCGGCAGAAUCGCUGUCGCGUGCACCUCCGCAGUGCCACUCCACUCUCCAGAUCAAGUUGCUGUACUGGCCCAACAACAACAGCAACAGCAGUAUCUCACUCAAGACGGUCUCGGAAAUCCUUACUGUGCCGUGGUAUUUCUUUUGCUCUAUUACUUCGGAAACGCCGCCAGUGUUUGGUGGGUCGUGUUGUCCGGCUGGUGGUGCAUCGUCGCCCGAAAAUGGAAGCGAUCCUCGAGAAGUUCGAAUCUUAAAGAGGACGGAGGUUUUGGACUUCAGCAAGGAUUCGCAACGGUCGGGGCAGUCGCAGCCUGGGGAUUUCCUGCGGCUCAUACGAUCGCUGUUCUCGUAACGAGGGACGUUGACGCGGACGAGUUAACCGGAAGUUGUCUGGUGGGUCAGCAGAGUACGCGAUCGUUAUUGCUGCUGGUACUGGGUCCGCAAUUGGUCUACCUCAUUCUCGGUACGAUGUUCAUAUUGAUUGGGGCGACAGGACUUUUGCUGCACCGGGAUUCGGAUCCAGUGAUGCCUGGCUUAAUAGUGAAUUCGAGUCAACACACGAAUCCGCUCGUCAGAAACCGCGACGCUUCCAAGUCGCCGGCAGAUAUUUAUAAACGGCAAAAAUCAUUGGUCACGAGGAUCGGCGUUUUUGCCUGUUUUUACACGUUCGUUAUGAUCUGCCUGACGGGAACACUUUUGUACGAAUGGUGGGGUCGCGAUUCCUGGCUAAGAGCACCGGAACCCUCCUCCGGGCCGAAAGUCCCCUCGCGGCCGCUGCUACCAUUUUUCAUCUUCAGACUGAUAGUUUCUCUGGGCGGAGGAGCUGUCGCUGCGGCCUGGAUCUGGUGGCCAAAAUUUUCGGAUGUAUGCAAAAAAUUAACUACUUGCAACCAACCGCCUUACAAAUGCCAUCCGCACGCGGCGACACUUCCGGUUCUUCAUUGCUACAGCAGCCCUGGCUCGACCAGCCCGACUAAUCAUCAUCGUCAGCAGCUCCAUCAUCUGAGCCAUUUCACCAACCAGCCUCAACAAACCUCGCCCGGAUCCCAUAUCUCCCAUCAACAUCCGAGCGUGAAAAAUUCCCAAAUUACUCUUCCACAGGUUUCUCCGCCGCCUCCUCCUCCUCCUCCUCUUGCUCGCUCCCUUUCUGGACGGACUACUCCGCGGAAAAAACAUAGCAGAAAGUACAGAAAGCAGUAUCACAGUGGCAGCGAGACUCAGGUCUGACUCGAUCUCGUGCAUCUACUAAUAUUCCCUCGGUCUUGGGCUCUGCGUGUUUUAUUUAGCACCGAAAUAACAGUCCUGCCGAAGCUUUUUUGUAUAGAUUUUGUGUUUAUUUUCAGCAUACGUUCAAGACACCGUUAUAUAUAUUCAUGUUCAAAAAUCAUAACUCACAUCCGAGGUAUGAGAAAUCAAAGAUUGCAUACUUUUACGUGGGUUGUAGAGGGUAGUGUGAAAUUCCGAUUUUUUCUUUUGAGCAAGCAAAGAGAACUUUUGUUUCUCUUUGCUUGUCAGAUUUUCCUACACUAACAUUAUUUUCUCUCGGAUCUGCAGGCUUUCAACUCCUCAAGAGACUAGUGUUUUUUUUAUUUUUCGAAAAAUUGUACAUUUGAUGAAGUUUUUGCUCCUCUUUGAAGAAAUUACGUUUUUUUUUCUAGUCAAUUGCUUAAUUUUGGGAAACUUAUAACUUUCAAUGAUUUUUUUUAAAUAAUUCAAUUCUAUUCUCUAAUUGUAUUCGAAUUUUUGAGUAUUUACCGGAGAGUGUGACCUUUGAGCGUGAAUAUAGGGCAAGACUGCUGUUUCAAAUUUAUUACACUUGUAAAUACAGCUCAUCCGCGAUGUACUUUUUUUUUCAUAGAAAAUUGAGUGCUCAAAUCUAGGGCGGGUUCGUGACAUCGAAAUAUUUGACAAAGACAAUAUUUGAUUCGCACGAAGAUACUUUUCCGUAUUAUUCCAUUCUAUUCGUUACUAUUGUGUAUAUUGUACAAAUAUGGAAAAAGUUUUUCCGAGGAUAACCGAACACGUGGUGCUUCGUUGUCAGAAAUUCAAGUUUUCCGGCCCUCGGAGAAACACAAUUUAAAUAAUUGCCUUGUGUAUAUUAGUUUUAAGCGUACCUUAUUGUGUACAAACUCGCCGCUGAUACUAAAACUAAGAACCGUCUUGCGAUUGUCAUUUUUUUCUAAUACGCCUUUGUAUAUGUAUUUCGAUAUAAAAAUAUUUAUGUGUAAGAAAAACGAGUUUAUUACCUGCUUUUAUGUGACUAAUUCAAACUUGAGAACUACUCAGCCGGUUUUAAUACAUUUUUCGCGUACAAAUAUAAUAUUUAAGAUAAAAAACAUUUCAAUAUAUUUUGAUUAUUAUUUGGUUCGAAAAUCGGCAAACGAAAAUGAAUGACAAAUAUUUACGGCUCGUUUUAUAAAGUGGAGAGAUAGAGUUCGACUCGAAACAAAAAACUACGGACAUUUUGACGCAGUUUCGAUUGCGAAAAUCGGGACUGAUCCAGUGCUUUUUUACAUAAUAAAUAAAGGGGAUAAAACAA